GGUUAAAACAAAAAGGGGAAAAAGGAAAAAUAGAAGAGAGAGAGGGAGAGAGAGACGGCGCCUUUUUGUUUUAACCAGAGUAUUAUUACAGCACAUAUCUCAAGCGAAGGCCCAAGAGCAAGGCAGUGAAGUUGCUGCUUCUACUGCUUUAUAGAUAUUAUAUUUUUAUUUUGUUAUUAUUUAUAUCUGCAUUUGUGUUGGUGGAUUUGCUUUGAUAAAUAGUUGAAAGGGAAAAAAAAUCGAUCUCUGUGUAACGGCUACUUUUGAUGGUGUUGUUGAAGAAGUGAAGACUGAGAAAUAAAAAAAAAAAACAGAGAAGAAAAGCAGGCUGUGCUUUGGUUCAGUUUUUAAGGGAAGCAGAGGGAAUGGAUUACAACAAUGAUCAGGAGCCUUGGAAUUGGCAUGGGGAGAAUUAUGGUGUUGAAAAGAACUCCAAUUUUGACGCCUCCCAAGGUGUAUGGACUCAAGUGACCUUGAAUGAGGAAGACCUUUCCUACAUGUUUGAUGAAACAACUCCUGUUAAGGAAUGUGGGGAUCUGUCAUACCAUGUUGCACAUAAUGAUAAUAUCAGCAAGGAACCAGAAGAUAGGAGGGAGACCUCUUCACAAGUUAAAAGGCGCAGAAUGCUUCAAUUCGACACUCAUGCAAUAGAUUCUUCCCUUGUCUGUGAAGAGAUGCCAUCUGCAUUCCUAAAAUCAAGGGAGAGGGAUGAGUCAUUUGAAGAGGUUUUGCCUGAUGCAUCACAGUGGGCUGCGGGAUUUUCAGAAGAUGCAUCAGCUUCCAGUUAUGAGGGCCUUGAUCAAUCGUGUGAAGGGUGGCUUGCUGAAUAUUUUAAUGAUGCAGAGAUGCUUCUUAGCUCUGAUGAUAUGAAUCUUACUGGGGCAUCUGAUGUUCCAAUUGAUAUUUCAGAGUUGUGCAAUGCCCAACCUGAGCCUGGCGCUGAUGCUGUCCAAAAGCAGGCAACUCGAACUCCCCGAAAUGUUGUUUUCAAAGGUAGGAAGUCUUUCAUACGGACACCCCCUAAGCUAGCAUCUUCUGUGGCCUAUCCAUUUGCUUUCAUUAAACCCUGUGGUUUCCAUGGAGAUGUUACCUUGAAGGAUAUAAACCAGCGAAUCCGAACUCCACCACCCUCAAAAUCAAAACAAAGCAAUGAAGAUCUUGCUGCUGCUUUUCCAACUUCUGCUUUUUCUGGGAAGCCUGUUGUUGGCAAAACUAAAAUUCGUACUGAAGGAGGAAAAGGCAGCAUCACAAUAAUGAGAACCAAAGGCUGAGUGAGUAGAUAAGUGUUCUUCUGAACUUUCUUUUUUAUGGUCCUUUGAUCUCCCUCCGGGUUAAAUCUUGUGGUAGAGUAUCUCUGUAUUAUUCCUGGGUCUGACUAGUAUAGAAGCUGAUACUGCAUUUUUUUGUUGGACAUCUUGGAAGUCAUAAUACACAGUAAAGUGUUUAUGUUUCCAAGUAUUAUUCUAGGUGCCAAAUAGUUGUUUUUUACAUGGUGGCUUUAUUUUAGGCUCUAAAUGAAAGUCAUGAUGUCUGAGAUCCACCUAUGUUCUUUUGGUUUUGGAAAAGACCUAAUUAAUGCUUUCGCUAACAUGCAGAACUUGUGUAUUCACAUGGUAUAUCUAGAUAAUGUCUUUUACAUGUAGUGAAAGCAUAAGCUUGUAUGGUUGACCUCUCUCUCUUUCUCUAACUCAAUGACAACAUAAGUAUAUUGCUGUGUAAA